CCUACGGAUCUUUGCUGCCUACCUCCCUCUUUCUUUCUAUUGUACUCCCUCCCAUCCUCCCAAGUGUAUACUACGCGGCUCCCGAGGAAACUGGGAGUGUCAGUGUUCGCCGUCGGGACUUGUCUCCCCGCCCGCUUGAGCUCGGCAGCCGGAGCAUCAUGAGCCGCUGAGGUCUCCCACCGCCUGUCCCUUGCCCACCCCACCAUGCCCGGAGCACCGGUGCUGGCCGGCCGGCUCCUGGCGCUCGGCGUAUGGCUGCGGAUCGCGGCGGCGGUGACAGGACCAGGGACGCUGAUCCUCGACCAGUUCCGUCAGCAGCUUCACGAAGCCUGGCAGCCCGAGGCGUCGGGCACCUGCGACGCGGCCUUCAGCCUGAUGCAGGACUACAUCAUCCGCACCCGAGACUCGCUGAAUGCCGGCGCCGCCUUCUUGCGCGCCCCGGCCGGGGUCAGCAGCCCGGAGCAAUGUUUGCGAGCUUGCUGCGGCCUGCCCGGCUGCACGACGGCCGUGGUCGAGCGAGCCGCCGCAGGAGGAGGCGGAGUGUCGGGCUGGGACCGGGAUCAAAAUCCCAGGCCCAAGAGCUCGGUCGCCCUCAGCUGCUACCUGUUCAAUUGCACCUACCGGGGCCGCGACGUCUGCCGCUUCUCUCCGCACCGGGGCUACAGCAGCUUCUCUCGGCAGCUCAACGGCAGCCGAUCCUCGGAACCUCGUCGCCAUGGUAACCGGAAUGAUGAAGCCCCUCACAGUGAUGCAGGUCAAGAUGUAAACGUGUUUCUUCCCACUGACUGGGUCCUGCUGGACGGAAGAGGCAGUACCGACGAUCGUGGGAUUGUCCGUUAUGAAUGGACCUUAUUGAAAGGUGAUCCAUUGGUCAACAUGAAGUCUCCACAGCCUGGGAUGUUGAAGUUGAGUGGUUUACGAGAAGGAAUAUAUGUGAUUCAAUUGGCAGUCACUGACACCAUCGGGCAAAAGAGUAACAACAACGUCACUGUGACUGUGAUACCACCAAAGCAACAAACAACAGACUGUACAGGAGUUUGUUCGCGAUACCAGUUCAUUUGUGAUGAUGGUUGCUGCAUCGACAUUACUUUGGCUUGUGAUGGGAUUGCCCAGUGCCCUGAUAAAUCAGAUGAAAGCUUCUGCUUUAAUGUAGGCCGUAAGACAGUGAUCCACACGACACUUCCUGAUGCCUCAGGACGAGAUGGCGACGCGAGGCCCUUUGUGCACAACUUGCAAAAGGAUUUAGUCGAAAACCAAGGACCAUUGCUGCAACUGGAAUCUGAAAUGACGCAGCCAUCCAAAACAGAAGCGAGAGGCAACCCCAGUACUAGCCGGCUUUCAGAUUUUUGCCUAGCUCUUCCUACUAAGGGUCCAUGUGACGGCAAUCUUCCGCGCUGGUAUUUUGAUAGCACCUCAGGAACCUGCAAGCAUUUCACCUAUGGUGGGUGCAAAGGCAAUCUGAAUAACUUUCUGCAAGAGCUGGACUGCAAGACUCACUGUGCAGAAGCACAAGAAAAUGGCACUCCUGAGCCGAUCUUGGCUGAGACAAGUAAAGAUGACACCAUGAUCAACCACACAAAAGGAGGGCAUCCACUCCCAGAGUCAGGCGCUGUGCUGCCUCUGGCCCUGGGACUGGCCAUCACCGCCCUACUCUUGUUGAUGAUCAUCUGCCGGCUGCAGCUGGUGAAACGCAAGCUGAGGAAGAUCCGGCCCAUAACAUCAGAGGAAUCUGACUAUCUGAUCAAUGGCAUGUAUCUGUGAUACCGAAAGGUACAAGAGUAACUCCUCCAAAUCAUGAUCAUCGCGGCAAUGUGAAGCAAAUCAGUGUGUGUGUGGGUGUGUAUGUAUGUGUUUAUUUAAAGGAUUACGUGGAACAGUGUAGAACCAUUCAAUUUUAUUCCUUCCUAUUCAUGCCAGCAAAUCUAACAUGUUGGGCCUUAUCUCAAAACUCCUUUGAGGCCAAACCAGUACUGUUGUUAGAACAAUGUACUAACAAGCAGCCUUGGCAUAAAGAUAUUUCUUGUUCAUUGCUUGUUCUGAAACUUUUAAACCUCCUGCUCCUGACAUUUAGAAGUGUGGUCCUUUUAACAAGGAGCUCAAUCCAUUCUAUGCCAAUGACCAAAAGGUUCCCUGCCACCAUUAAGCUAAAUCGGGUUCCUCCAUGCCCACCAUAAUUUCUUCGGCCUGGGGCACAUUCCUAAGCUUCCCCUGACUGAUAAUAUUGCGAGCAGGUUGCUCUGUAUCUUCCCUUAUUGUUUUAAGGUAGAUUCAUGCCAAUAUUGAUAGCACCUGCUUCUCUUUUCUCCGAUCAUUUUUCCUGGGAUUGCUCAGCAGCAUUUGGGGAAACCAAAGGUAAAAAUGUAAAAAAAUCAGGAGGGAAGUCGUGUUUUCAAGUCAGCGACACAAAAUUUCAGAUGUUCGUAAUGUAGGGAAUGUCUGGAGUAUUAUGUGUUCAUUCUGUGCAUAGCCUGUUGAACUUGGUCAUAUAACUGGUUUCCUCCUUAACGAUUCCACUGAAUAUCAAUAGUCCUCAGCUCCUGGAUCAUCCUAAAUAAAUGGCAUUUGACCAGUGUGACAA